UUUUUGUUUUUUGCCCUGCCAGCUUUCCCAUCACGUCUUCGUCGAUUCUUUCUUCUGUCUUUUUAAACCACUGCCGAAGCCGAACUCUGAAACCGGAGCCAUGGCCAGCCCGAUUCUGAAGCCACCCGAGCACCAGGUGGCGGGCCACAGCGCCAAGGAGGGCAAGCUCGGCCCCCUGGUCGACGGCCGUGGCCUCUUCUACAAGCCCCUCCAGGGAAACGGCCGCGGUGACUGCGAGCUCUCCUUCUACGCCGCCUUCUGCUCCCACCCUGGCGUCCCUCCCUCCAUCCGUUCCUUCUUUCCGGGCUUCCAUGGCACCCACUUCCUUCCAUCCUCCGACGGCUCCGGCCCUCGCCCCCACCUCGCCCUCGAUGACCUCCUCGCCGCCUUCCGCUCACCCUCCAUCAUCGACCUCAAGAUCGGAGCCUGCACCUGGCCCCCUGACUCCCCCGACGACUAUUUCCGUAAGUGCAUCGCCAGGGAUCGUGAGAGCACCAGCCCCACCCUUGGCUUCCGCGUCUCCGGCGUCCAGAUCCAGAAUCCGGGAGCGGGCGCUGAUUCCUUCUGGCGCCCGCUUAGAUCCCGCGUCAAGGAUUACUCCGUGGAGGAGACGCGGCGGGUCCUGAGGCAGUUUGUCUCCAGAAAUUCGCCUUCGACGGACGAGAAGCCCAAUUGUGACCUCGCGUCCGUCGUAUACGGUGCCGCGGAUGGCGUCCUGGCGCAGCUGCAAGAGAUCAAAGCGUGGUUUGAGGAGCAGACGAUCUUCCACUUCUACUCCGCCUCCAUCUUGCUGAUCUACGAGAAGGAUGCGGCGGCUGCGGCCGUCGGGAGAUCCUCUGGUGCUAGGGUGAAGCUUGUGGAUUUUGCUCAUGUGGUGGAGGGAAAUGGAAUCAUAGAUCACAAUUUCCUCGGGGGGUUGUCCUCCUUGAUCAAGUUACUUUUUGAGGUGAUAACGGAUCCUGAAGGUGAUGGCUGGAAAUCCAGCAAGGUUCAUCUCAGUUGCAAUAAUGGGAGCUUGGAGAGCAAUGCCAGUGUCUUGCCAUCAACUUAGACGCCAUUGAUCUCCUCCUGAGAAUAAAAUUGGUGCACCUUAGGCUCCCCAAUACUCUUCUAGAAUUUUCAUCUAGAAAAUUCAUCUAGAUAGACACAUAAAUAAUGGGACUUAUCAUUUCACUUUUUGUGGGUCCAUCAUUUAUGUGUCUAUCUAGAUGAAUUUUCUAGAUGAAAAUUCUAGAUGAAUAUCAUUUCUCUUAAUUAUAUUAUAAGGCUGUAUUAGUUUUGUUCAGUGCACGUUCUAUGUGGAUUAGUAUGAAUUCAGUUAAUUGACCUUUCGUCUUCUAGGCUUGUUUUUUGCUCAGCUAAUGUGAGUUUGCAUUAUUAAAUUGGAACACUUUCGAAGCUUGUUUUUCUUC